CAUCCUAUAAGAACUCUCUGCCUCGCCAUCAUCAAUUGAGUGUGGCACAAAAACUCAAGAAGCAACACGACGAGUAAACGAUUACGAGUUCGAUGGUUGUGCUGUUUUGUAUUACGAUCAUUUUGGAAGUUACAAAGGACUGUUUGCCAUACAAAUCAGUAGUUUGAUGAAGCAAAAUUGAGAAAUAAGCGUCUCGUACUUUAUGAAUUUACAAUAAGGUUGACGUUUGUUUUAAGUGCAAAAUGUUGCCCAAUUUUUAGUGACUGUCAAAUCAGCAGCCAGUAAUUUUCCAUCAGUAGCAAAUAAAAUCAGCUGGAAAUAUUCUAGCCGAAAGGAGGGAAAGUACGACUAUUGGCUUUGUCAACGACGACGUUGGGAAACAAAAAACGGCAAAAACGAAACUUUCCCCGAAGAAGUAAAAAGAACGGGAAAGUGUUGCGCGAGCGGGUGCGAAACAGAGCAUAAGAAAGAGUAGGAAAACACGGUGCAGUCUGGCGAAACGAGGGCAAAAGACAAGACAUCUUUUUUAGCCGAGCGUAGAGUGUCGUUUGGGACGAAAAGCACAAUCCGAAUUCUACAUACCGUUUGGUCUGAUUUCGUUGGAUGGCCGGUGAAGCACGGCAUUCUAAUCUGGACACAAAAUGGACGAUUUGGAAGCACAAGGAGAUUUGGAGGAUCAUUCGCGGGUAAUUAUUCACAUCGACAUGGAUUACUUCUAUGCCCAGGUUGAGGAAAUUCUGAAUCCUAGCCUGAAGGAUAAACCGGUCGGAGUAAAACAGCGGUUCAACGUUGUGACAUCCAAUUACAUUGCACGGGAGUACGGAAUUAAGAAAAUGAUGUUGAUUAGCGAAGCCAAAAAGCUAUGUCCCGAGCUGUUGCUGGUGAACGGUGAAGAUUUAACUAAAUAUCGUCACAUGUCUGUUAAAAUCAAUGAUGUUAUGCACAAAUUUACUCCCAAUGUAGAGAAAUUGGGAUUGGAUGAAAAUUAUUUGGACGUAACGAAAGAGAUCAACCAACAGCUUGAACAAGGACAGAAUUUGGAUCAAUUGCAGAACGUGCAGGGUUUGAUACACCCACCAGUGGAGGAACAGGGUAUUACGGAUCGAGAGGCAUUCCAGAGGGCAUGUAGUUGUGGCUGUGAUCGAAGGCUGAUAUUGGCUACUCAUAUGGCAAAAGAAAUUCGGGAGUGUAUUUUCCGCGAGCUUGGUUUGCGGUGCUGUGCUGGAAUUUCCCACAAUAAGCUCCUGGCGAAGCUUGUUGGUGGGGUCAACAAACAGAACAAACAAACUGUGCUACUGCCCAACUAUGGUAGCAAGUUUGUGGCUUCGUUGGGAUCAGUUAAAAAUUUGACAGGAAUUGGAGAAAAAACGGCGCAGCUCCUUGAUGAGUGUAACAUCAAAUCGGUUCGUGAGCUACAGGAGGUGCCGCUGGAAACUCUCAGUAAGCGUUUUGGUGUCGAACAAGCUAACAAACUGAAAGAUAUCGCAAUCGGCAAAGAUGACGCACCAGUUAAGCCAACCGGAAAGCCAAAAUCGGUUGGGUUGGAAGACUCUUGUCCUGCGAUUUCCAUUCGUGCAGAUGCAGAGGAAAAAUUUCGGCAUUUACUGGUUCGGCUAGUGAAAAAUAUUGCAGAUGAUGGUCGUGUUCCGAUAGCAAUUAAGGUCACCGUUCGGAAGCAUGACUCCGUGAAAAAGUCCAGCCACCGGGAAUGCAAGCAAGAAAAGCUUUUGCCGUCCAACUUCCGACAUAAAGACGGCAAGCUAGUGCUGGCAGAAGGAGCCCAGGAAAAAAUUCUUGCCACAGUUAUGAAAGUAUUCGAGCGCAUGGUUGACCUACGGCAACCGUUCAACAUUACUCUGUUAGGAUUAUCAUUUUUCAAAUUCCAAGAACGCAAGUCUGGACCAAAAUCGAUAGCGAACUUCCUUAUCAAGAAAUCCGAUAUCGAAGUACAGUCGAUUACGAAUCUAAGCAACGAAUCGCUAACGUUAAGUGAUAGUUUUACUUCCAAUAAAUCCUUCCCUAUGGCAAUGGACUGUGAUCAGAUGUCGAACGCUGGUUUGUCGGAUUCUGCUUCUCUUGCAUCUCUAUCCGGUUCGGAAUCGGAUGCCGAGCCAUCGCCCAAAAAAUGCCGUCGAUUGGUCACGUUUCUCGAUCACAGAAAAAUCAGUCUUCUAGCAGCCAGCGAAGAUGAUCUCGCAUCUCCCAGUAAACUCAGCGUUGCCGAUCUUCGACUAAACUCGAGGGAGUACGAUCAGGAAGCUUCUAGCGCAUCGGACAUUCCAACUAGCUCAAAAUUGGGUGGUUUUUUCAAAAAUCAUCUUUCCUCGUCUACACCGUCGAAAGUGUCGUCUAUAUCAACCGCCAGUAUAAGCAACAACAACAACAACAAUAGCAGUACCCAGAUGACUACUGGUACUGGUACUGAUACUAAUUUGCCUUCGAACGUUGAUCCGGAAGUUUUCAACGCACUGCCAAGCGAUGUUCAACAGGAGUUGCUCCAGAACUGGCGACUAGCUAGUCCUGCUCAACCCUCCAAUUCUUCAACAGCAGCAACGUCGGCAAAAGCCAGCAGUUCAAAAAACACACUCCAUCGAUACUUCGUUAAAAAUACUUAACGUCGGUGCUCUCUGUUCUUAAAUUAGGCAUAGAAUCAGUUUUAUUUAUCAGAAAAUUCCCAAAAGAUAGUUUUAUUUUUCGUUGCUUCUUCGUCCCCUACUUUCGGCUGUAAAUACUAUUAUAUGUAUCACAUCAGUUUCCAUUGAUUUUUUCUCCUCUAGUAUUUUCCAAGGUCUAGUAAUUUAUCUGAAAGAAAACGAAUCAAAUCUGCUUAGUAAGUCACUUCUGUGGCAAUAAUGCGUAGAAACAGAACCUGCUAGUGGUGUGCUGUUCAAAACAGAUUUUUUUUAAAUUGUAAGAUAAGAAAAGAUCAAUAAAAUGGACUUUGUGGUUCGUACUGGAUGGCAAGCAUCCAGUUGAUACAUUUAUAAA